GGGUGGCACGUGCAAAGGCCCGGGGGCAAACGUGUGUCCCGCGCGGGAUUGCUGGGCGCAGAGGCUGCAAGGGCCGGCGGCCGGGCGGGUAACUGCGCGAGACGUUUUGAGGAGUUACGACAUUGUCCCCUGAGGUCACCUAAAGGGAGAAUGAUCGGAUCCGCAUGGUAGGGCCAUCUCUGAAAUUGUCUGCAAGCGGCUGUUGCCACAAUAAUGGUAUGGACAUUCCAUGCCGGGAACUGCUCCAAGUGCCCCCGUGAAUGGCAACAGCGUGCAGACUAGAUACAGGACUAGCCUUACCGUGUUGUCAUCACCCCCGAGAGGUGAAGUGACUUUGCCAAAUUCGCCCGACGCGUAAGCUCUACAGUUGGGAUCUGACACCAGGCGUCUGGCUUCAGAUCCUCGUAUGUAACAGCUGAACCAUCAUGCAGUACUGUUGGUGACCUCAGGCGGCAUUUUGCUGCUUAGAAUCCUGGCAUUUGGGGUGGGAUGUGCCUGAUGACAGCGUUAAGACCUUGGGCAAUUUACUCCACUCUGACAAGCUGCGGUUUCCUCAUGUGUAAAGUGGCGGGAGCGAUGGCGCCCCUUGGGGAAGGGAGCGAUGACCCCGUGCUGCCAGACCUGCCCCGGGGGCCCCUGCAUGCGGCCCGCGCCCGCGCCUCCUUCCCCUGGAAGGAACUGGCGCUGUUCUGGGAAGGGCCGGACAUGCUGCGCUUCAAGAAAAACAUCUUCUCGGCGCUGGAGAACGACCCUCUCUUCGCCCAUCCCCCCGGCAGUCUCUCGCUGGAGAAGUACCGGGAGCUGACCUUCCUGCGCUGCAAGCGGGUCUUCGAAUACGACUUCCUCCGCGUGGAGGACUUGCUGGGGAGCCCGCUGAGGGUCCUGGCGCUGAUCCAGUGCCUGGGCAUGUACGACUGGUCCCUGGCCACCAAGUUCUUCCUGCACACGCUGACCUUUGGAUCAGCGAUCUACAGCUCUGGCUCUGAAAGACAUUUCAAAUAUCUUCCAAAGAUCUUCACUAUGGAGAUUUUUGGAUGUUUUGCUCUGACCGAAGUGAGUCACGGGAGUAAUACCAAGGCCAUGCGGACGACCGCACACUACGACCCCACCACUGAGGAACUCAUCAUACAUUCCCCUGAUUUCGAAGCCGCCAAGUUCUGGGUUGGCAAUCUGGGCAAGACGGCUACGCACGCGGUGGUGUUUGCUCAGCUGUACACGCCCGGGGGCCAGUGCCACGGGCUGCACCCCUUUGUCGUGCAGAUUCGGGACCCGAAGACCCUUCUUCCCAUGCCAGGGGUGAUGGUUGGCGACAUCGGAAGGAAGCUUGGACAGAACGGUCUGGACAAUGGAUUUGCCAUGUUCCACAAGGUCAGGAUUCCUCGCCAGGACCUGCUGAACCGCUCAGGAGAUAUCACCCCCGAGGGCACCUACGUCACCCAUGUUAAGGACGCCAGGCAGCACUUCAGCGAGUCCCUGGGCAGCCUGUCCUCCGGCCGGGUCGCCAUCGCGGGCAUGUCCGUCGUGAACCUAAAGCUGGCCGUGUCCAUAGCUCUGCGUUUCUCAGCCACCAGGCGUCAGUUUGGACCAACAGACGAGGAGGAAGUACCGGUGCUGGAGUAUCCGAUGCAGCAAUGGCGUUUACUUCCGUACCUGGCCGCGGCCUAUGCCUUGGACCACUUUUCCAAAUCUCUCUUCCUGGAUCUGGUGGAGCUUCAGCAAGGCCUUCUGGGGAAAGACCGGAGCGCCAGGCAGGCAGAGCUGGGACGCGAGAUCCACGCCUUGGCGUCGGCCGGCAAGCCCCUGGCCUCGUGGACGGCCCAGCGCGGAAUCCAGGAGUGCCGGGAGGCGUGUGGAGGACACGGCUAUCUGGCCAUGAACCGUCUGGGAGACCUCAGAGAUGACAACGACCCGAACUGCACGUACGAAGGCGACAACAGCGUCUUGCUGCAGCAGACCAGCAACUACCUGCUUGGCCUGCUGGUGCGCCGGGACCAAGGCGGUGCCCGCAUCGAGAGCCCGCUGAAGACCGUGGACUUUCUGGAAGCCUAUCCCAACCUCCUUGGCCACAGGUUCGAGGGUUCCAGCCCUGAGGACUGCUUGGACUCCUCAGUCCCACUGGCGGCAUACGAGUGGUUGGUCUGUUACCUGCUCCGCGAGAGUUAUCAGAAAUUAAAUCAAGAGAAACAAUCGGGAAGCAACGACUUUGAAGCAAGAAACAACUGUCAGGUACGUGUUUGUUUUAAAGGUUGCUUUUCUAAUGAUUCGCUCCUAAUUCCCGCCCCAUCGUGUCCUUGGUGAGCUGCAUGUCCUGGUGAUGGCAGGCCCUGUUGCUCAGCCCCUGUGACCUUGGGCGCUUGGCCUGACCUCUCCGCACCUUGGUUUGCUGUUGGGACGGUGGCGCCGCCCUUGCCCCGUGUGGAAGAGGUUGUGGGCAUCAUAUCUAAGGCCCCUGACAAGUGUGUGGCCCGUUGGCCAGAGCUGUGCUGGUUGGCAGGGGGACCCGGGGCUGUGGGAGCCCGUCAGCCACCAGGGUCCCUCCCGACCAGCAGAGUGACGGCUCGGUGACUUCUGUGAGGUCCCACCCGUGCUCUGUCUGCAUUUGCUUCCUUAGUCAUUGUGCUUCUCUCCAAGGAGGCUCGGUGAGAUUGGCCCAAGGGCAGCUCUGGUUCUCACUCUGGGACAGGGCUGCCUCUCGUGCCUGGAAUCCCCAGCACGAAAACAGCCGCUCUAAACACCUCUUUACGCGGGAUCUGGUCCUGCUGUGGUCCGUGGGCCCCGUGCAUCUACAGUGACUGGUGUCGUUUGGGAAAAACGUAGCCUAGGAAGCUUCUAAAACUGGUGUCAUCCCUUCUCCUUGGACACUGGGCGAUGGAGCCUCCCCCGAUAGCCUGGGGCCACGUCUGCCCAUCACUUCCGAGGGCCCCGCCCCCUGUGCUGCGAGGGACAGCUUCACCCCCUUGAGCAGAUGCAGUCAGAGCAGAGCAGGCAUCCGGGGACCUGCCGGGCGUGUCUGCCCCAGGAAGGGGGAGGAGCACACCGGGAUGGGGCUUCGCUGGAAAGGCUCGACCGAGGGCGAAUAAACCAGGAUCAAACCUGUGUCUUCAAUGAAUUCAGCAGACGUCAAGGUUGGUGAAACCCUAGUUCAGUCCAGGAACCCGAGAGAGGAGGUGUGAACACGAUCCUUCCACGUGGGCUGGGGCCACGGCACCCUCGGUCACUCGGACACUGACGGCUGCGGAGUUCCUCCUUUCUCUGCAUUGUAGCCCAAGACCCCGAAGAGAUGGAGGACACGGAGGUCGCCCUUUCCCAGCACAUCCGAAUCCCGCAGAGCUGCCCAGAAGGUCACCACAGGCCUCGUCUGAGCCGAUCUGUGACACCGCCAUGCCCGCCGGCCUGUGCCCGGCACGUGCACAGACAGACAACAGAACCCGAGUGUGUGGCUUGGUCGUUUGAGAAGGAAUUCACAUUUAGACCUUCGACUGAGAACCUGGCAACGGCACUUCAGUGAGCCUUGUGGCAGCAUACCCAGCCUGGGUCCAGCCAAGACGGGUGUCCCUGGGGAGAGCCUCAGAGCUGAGGUGCGGCCAGACCUGAGGAGUGGCUGUGAUGUGUACUGGAAGGCGGCCGCGGGGCUUGGAGGGGAGGGUGACCCGAGAGGGGGGCUGCGUUCUCCAGACCUGCUCUGGAUCACGGAGCAUUAAGAGUGAGCGCCGGGUCAUCCUGACAGCUGAGAGCGCCUCAGAGCCCUGGGACAGACGUUCAGGGUCCUGUGGAGAUGUGGUCCCCGCCCGUAUGGUGAUGGGAGCAGCAGUAGAGCACGAGAGGGAAACUUCAGCGAAUGUUUAAGUGCCCUCGGCGGGACGAGCUGCUCAAGUAUGACAGGAAACUCAGAGGCUGUGAAAGAGAAAACUGGCAGCUCUGACUACACAUACGUUCACCCUUUCUAAAUAGCAAAAGAUACUGCAAGGAAAGUCAGAAGACAGAUUCCAGUCUGGGGAAGCAUGAGACGUACGUAACCGACGGUAGGAAAGAGUUCCUACAGGUUGAGGGUCAGCCUGGCCCGGGAACCAGCCGCUGGCCCGAGGUGGCAGCCACAGCAGUCACUGACCAUGAACCAGGGCCAGGGAUGUGCGGGUCAGAGGACAGUGUCUGAUGGACGAGGGCCACUCCAUGCGCUGUCAGCCGAGGCUGUGAACUACUGUGCCCUUUGGGGGAGGUCACUGGCUGCUUUUGUGAAAAUAUAAAGCGUGUUCACUCUUUGACUCACCGGGGGGUAGGGGGGGAAGUUGAUAAACUUUUCUUUAUCUGCUCCUGCUAGUAAGAAGUCCCAAGCAUUGAACCCAAGCCAGCUGUGACCCCUGAGUCCAGCUCUUUCCCCCACACUGCAUGGCUGAUGUCCACGCUUGAGUAGUUCAGAGUUUGUCUUUUGCCUAAAAUAUUUAUUACUUGUUAAAAUGCAAAUAUACUCAGAAAUCAGAGCACACCAGAAACUGAUACCUGGAUCUGAAUUUUUUCCCUGGGGCUGUAGGUUUAGUGGGGGUGGGGAUGCAUGGGAGGGAGGACCCUGGCACUGGGACCAGUGCAGGGAGAGGGGAACGGACCUUCCUGGCCUCACACGUCAGGCUGCUGGCCUCUCUCUCGAGCUUUUCGUGGUUACAGAGUGGCGGAAACAUUGAGUAUGGAGCAGCUUGUGCCAUGGGGGGUAGGACCACCCCUGAGUGUUUCUGUCCCCACCACGGCCCCAGAGUGGACACCAUAAGGACCCUUUGUGGGCACUGGCCCAUGUCUGUUAAUAGCAUGGUCAGAUCUGCUGGCGGCAAGGACAGGCUGUCCGGGAGAAGCCAAGGACGGGUACUGCGUGUAAGGAUUUGGGAGGGAAGUUGAGGGCAUGGGAGCUGGAGUGAGACCCUCACUCCUAUGCAUGUUCGGGCUGUGUGAUUUUGGGGGACCUGUCCGUGCAUUGUGGGGUGCCCAGCAGUACGCCAGGCCUGUACCCACUAAGAUGCCAACAACACCCCCGAGUCGUGACAACCCAAACUGUCUCCUGACGGUGCCAGAUGCCCCAGGGGGCAAACCGGCCCCAGUCAAGGACCCCUGAGUCAGUGGAACCUCCCGUCUGGAGCGGGGAGCUGUUGGGAAGCGGAAGCAGAUCCGUUCUCUGUGGCUCAUGGAAUCUCGCCUCUGCCAUGUCUUCCUUCAGACACUUCCUGCCUGCCCACGGCCUGCAUCCACGUGACCACCCAGGCCCAGCACAUAUGCUGCCCGUGCACCGUGUUCUCCACGGCUAUUAAUUCAGGUUCUCAGGCAGCAGGGCAGGUGGCCUGAUGAGCGGCCAGGAGAGCCAUCCAGCCAGCCCCUGGCGCCCAGUCAGCGGGGUGGGGAAGUAGACGUGGGCUCCUGAGCCCGCUGCUGCAUCGGGCGUCCUGGGCACGGAGGUCGCGGUGGGGCGGACCCCCAAAGCCCAAGUCCCCCAGGUGGCUGAUGGCCUCAUCUGAACAUUUCCACGUAGCAGCUUCAUGCGUGUUCGAGUCCUGGGACUGAGACAGAAUAGAAGAGCAGCCACCAUCACAGAGCAGCUUCUGGGACCCCGAGCAGGUGCUGGACACGUGAGAUGCUGUCUGAUGCUCCUCCUGGCAGUGCUUGGAGGCUGCACACUGACGCCCCCUCUUCUCAGACCAAGAAGCUUGGGCUUGGGGCGGAAACCGCCUGUCCACACGUGCACAUCUGGAAAAGCCGAGUGGAUUUGGAAGCUGGUCCCCUCGACCCUGAAUCACUUCCGUGUCAGUGACUCAGAGCUCGGCGGGGCUCAGGAUGCGUUUUCUGGGUGGCGAGGUCAGAGGUGGUGCUGCCUUUCCAGGCCUGUACCAGCCGAUGCCAUGGCUGAAAUGGACGUGCGCCGCUUGUACUGGGAAAUAAGAUGAACGCAAUGUGAUUUCAUACUAGAAAAUCCACAUGGUUGAAAAGGAGAGAGUAAAGUGGAGAGCACGGAGAGUUUGGAUUCAGUUCUGAGCCCGGCCUCUGGGAUUCGCAAGGGCCUCACGCAGAGCGGAGCCCACAGUGCGUGAGCACGUUUAGGGGUGCGGGUGGUUACUGUAAUGACACGCUCUAGCGACGUAGUGAAGGGGUGGACGCUGGGGCCAGCCUGCCUGGGUUCAGCUGUGUCUCCACCUCUUGCCCGUUGCGUGACCUUGUUUCAUCCGUGGGGUCCGGGGAGGAUCAAGUGAUAACCUGCUGGCUCUUGUGAGCUUAGUGCCUGGCCUGGGGUGAGGGUGGGGUACUCCCUGCCCACCUCCGUCGUCAGCUUCCCUCCUGUGAGGUCUCCUCACCCAGCCUCCCCCAGCGCUCACCCUCCGAAGCCAAGGGCGCACACACCACAGCGUGUGCGAGAGGGAAGGGGACAAAGCCGCUCUGAAGGCCCCGGGCUGGCCCUCCAGGCCGGACACGGGGACGCAGGAUGUGUGCCCUUGCAGCUUCAGAAGCCCAGCGGGGUGUUGGGGUCGGACGAGGCAGACUGGCACGAGGCCGGGGAAGCAUUCUCCCCUUGAAUUUUCUCCUGAGGGCGCAUAGUCUCGGGCAGGCCCUGGGAGAGCCUCGGCCUAAGAAGUGACCAAAGGACGACCCAGUGUUUGCUCUGAAAGUCGAGAGCAGGCCUUGAAAUCAUAGCCCCUGCCCCUUGGUGCCUGCGCCCCCUUCCCCCCGCCCCGGACCACACUCUGGACCGCAGUCUGUUGAUUCUGGUCGAUGGUCGGGGGCAAAGUAGGCAGGCACUGAAUAAAGGUCUUCACCCUGCCCCGUCCCCGGUCACCUCCUUGCUGGAUUAUUUUUUUAAUUACACAAGCAACACAUGCUCAUUAUAAUAAAUCAGGAAGGCAUCUAUAAUUGUUCUAAUAAGAAAGCAGUAAACUGAUCAAUUAGAGAUGCGGAAAGACACAUGCUCAUUAUAAUAAAUCAGGAAGGCAUCUAUAAUUGUUCUA